AUGUCGCCACUGAGCCCAUCGUUGGUAUGCACAACCGAGUCAUCUGUCUUCAGCGAUUCGUUCCAACAUGCAGGCCAGGCCUCCGACAAGCUAUGUCCAACUUCUGCUGAGUCUGAAAAAGACAAGCCUUCAGACUCCACGCCGGCUCCCCUGAGCCGGUCUCAAGUGAGUCUGCUGGUGUGUCUCUCCCUCAGUAAUCUUCUGGCUGGCAGCUGUACCGUUGUCCAGUCUCCGUUCUUCACGCCGGAGGCGCACCUCCGCGGUCUGAGCAGCGCCGCGUCCGGCGCUGUCUUCAGCUGUUUCGCGUUGGUUCAGAUGCUGGCGUUUCCGGCGAUGGGCUGGCUGGCGCCACGAAUUGGUGUGACGCGGUUGUACACUCUCGGCCUGCUGGUGGCCGGAGUCACCACGGUCGUGUUCGGUCUGCUCACCUACGUGGAACAGCCGGCUGCGUUCCUGGCCUGGUCUCUGACGGUGCGGUCUGCAGAGGCCGUCGGCACUGCCGCCGCUCAGACGGCGGUGCGAACCAUCAUCAUCAACCAGUUCCCGCGGCGGGUGAACUCGGCCAUGAGCCUGGUGGAGGGCAUGACUGGUGCUGGCCUGUGCCUGGGCCCUGCCAUCGGUGGCUCCAUGUAUGCCCUUGGUGGCUACGGAGCACCGUUCUACACACUCGGCGCAUUGUUCUUCGUCACCGCCGCCGCCAGCCUGCUCCUGAUGCCGAAAAUGACGGACCACUCGACCGAGAGGACGGAGAUGGGCGAUGCAGAUCGCAACUACCGCGACAUGCUGAUUCUGGUGCUCUCCACAGCCGACAACUGGCUGAUAUUCGCGGCGCUGCUGGUAGCCGCGAUGAACUGGACGGCCAUGGACCCCAGCAUGGAGCCCUACAUGCACGCCGUCCUCGGCAUCCAGCCGGCCGAGCUGAGCCUCUUCUUCCUGGGCUCGUUCGCCGGCUACGCUCUCUCCAGUCCGCUGUGGGGCCGACUCUCGGACUACAUCGACAACACGUUCCUGCUGGUGGCCGGCAGCCUGGCGCCCACCGCUCUUGGCGUGCUGCUGAUCCCUCCGUCACCCCUGCUCGGUCUCCGGCCGUCCCGUGUGCUGCUCGGUGUGGGGAUGACGCUGCGCGAGGUGUUUCAAAUCGGUGCCUACCUGCCGUUGCUGCCGCUGAUGGUGCGUCGUUCGACCGCCCGCGGUCUGCAGAGCGAUGUAAGCGGCCAGGCACUGUUGUCAGCGGUGUUUGGAGCCGCCUACUCCCUGGGUAACGUGCUCGGUCCGGUGGGCGGCGGGCUGGUGACCGACCUCUGGGGGUACCCGACCCUGGCCACCUGGCUCGGAGGUGUCACGGUGGUCCUAUGUGUGACCUUGGCGGCUCGUGGGCUGGUUUACCAUGUAACGCGGUAG